AGGGAAGGAGAGCUAAACAAAUGAGCUAUCGUUAGCCAAGUGUGUUUCUUUUAGGCUUAAGUGAAGUUGAAUCACUUAUGUAAACGUAUCCUGUACCUAUAUAGGUAAAGUGUGUUUUAAAGGCACGGUGCCUCAAUUGGCACUUCAUCUAUGCGCAGAGGAUUUGUUUACGCCAUGAACAGUUCGAUGACCUCAAUAGGUCCCUGCCACAGUAUGAGUUCUUUCCAAAUAAGCAGUACUCCGAUCAGCUCGGGACUAUUGAACAUUUUUGGCCAGCUGGACUUAGCUGUCGAAUACCUGAUGGUACAUAAAGAUUUCCAGAGUGCCUUUGACACAUGCCAGAGAGGGUUUGAGAACUUGGACAAUGUUGCAGAAGAGGAGGAUAGCAGGUAUGGGGAGCUAAAGGCGUCUUUGUGUACAGUGGGCAUUCAAGCGUUGGCUGAACACAACCAGUGGCGUGGGGUUCUUGGUUGGGUCCUACAGCACUUCGGCAGCGCAGAUAAAAUGCCACCCAAAAUAAUGCAGAUGUGCAUUCUUCUCUACUCUAAAGUGGGUGAGCAUGCUACAAUGCAGGAAGAGGGCCAUAUGUGGCUUCACUGUCCCGACAAUACAAACCUGUCUGGCUAUGGGACUGUUGCAGAGUUGUACCUCCUGCAUGUGUUAAUCCCACUGGGUCUGACAACAGAGGCACAGCAGCUGGUGGCUGGUGAGGUGGGCAGCGCUGCAUUUACAGCAGACCAGAGGCAGGUGGCGCUAGACUUAAUAGAUAGCCAAAAAAGUCCUCAGGAGAGACAGACACCAAGCCCAGGUCCAGGGGCCACUCCACAGAUGACUACAAAUCUUAUCACGUCUCAAGUGUCAGGUUCUGUAGUCCAGAGGCUGCAUGGAAUGUUAAGGUUGCUACAAAGGGGCAUCUCAGUGGUCAGGUCCAGUUGGAAAUUUGUACCUCUCAGACGGUUUUUGCUGACGGCCUUCCUGCUUUAUUUACUACUUGUCAGAAUGGACCCUGCUCUUCCGUCAUCUUUCCCCUGGGUCCUCAAACUGCUGCGACUGCUGAAGCAGAUGUGGUACGCCAUGUUUGGGCCGUACUAUAGAGCCAGCGCUGCGGUGUGAGGCCCAUCCAUGUCAUGUGACUUAAAGAUGAUGCACUUGAGAGACUUUUGGAAAAACAAGAGCAAUGUGUUGUACAUCGUUGGAAGUGACCUGAGGGAACUGUUGUUUUAGAUGAAGUGAUCUGAGCAGUGGACUGGAACAGGACCUCUGGAGGUGAAGCUCUUCUUGCCCUCUUUGACCAAAGAAAGAAUGUAAGUGUUGGGUGCUCAGGUUGUGUUAUAUGUCAAAUGUUUUGAGGAUAAUGAAUGUAAAUAUUGAUGGACAAAUAAAUGGCUUUUCUUAAAGAUGAGGCAACCUUGGUCGGAUUUCCAAAAAUAGAUAUUUAUUAUGGCAUUGACUUUGAUUGAAGGUACAGUCGGCAAUUCUUAUCCCGUACACUUUUUGUCAAAAUCGGAACGUUGCUCCUUGUGUUUCUCUAGCUGUCCGUCAGUGUUUUUGCGCCCAAAAAAAAAACCUGUUGUUAAUACACAGUCCUGGCUCUGUAAAUAGGAAACAAUCAUAAUGGCUCGAACCAAGCCAUAAACAACCCCAGCCAAUCCACAGAGCUUCAGGAGCACAGAAGGGAGGGGUGUAAUUGAAUUGGCUGUUGAGCUCAAAUAUCAACAACCUUUAGCUGACUGUACCUUUUAAUUACCAUACAGCAUGCCCAGACAAAGAGCAAGGAUACAAAAAAUACAGAGAAAGAAAAUUGGGGGGAAAAGGUAUUUCUCAUGAAACAAAAUAAUGAAGAGGCCAAUGUCUAUGUAAAAACAUACUUCCACACCACUAAUCUUCCAUCACUUUUACACUGGAUGUCUCAUGAGAUGAUAAUGUUGUUAACCAUGCUAGCAGGAAUGAUGGUCACACAUAAAAGUAACAUUGGAUUGAUCAUAAAGGCCUAUAAUAAUAAUUUCGUAUGACAUGGAUCACUCCGUAAUGUCCAACAUUUUAAUUUCAAUCACUUGAAGCUGAUUGUUUUUUUUUGUUUUUUUUUCAACCAAGCAAUCAAUGUGGUCAUUGAUUUUAUUGUUUUAUCACUUCCCUAAAUGUGGGAUUACAUACUCUAAAACAGUGUCUGCAAAGUUACAUCCGUUUUUGGUAAUUGAAGAAUGCCUUGUGUUCAUAAUAUGUAUGUCUUGUAAAAGCACCAAUAUUCAUAAGAAAUGACAUUGUGGGACUGAUACACAACAAAACUUGAUAAUUGCUCUCCUUAAUGUUAGAGGACAUUUUAUAUAGAUAAAGCAUUAAUUAUGAAAGUGUAUAUUUUUACUAUAAAUGGAAAGUGUGUUGACAUAUGUUUUCCUUCUUACAUAGUUCAAUAAAGCAUCAAUUGUCUAAAACAAAA